CAGCAGCAGGAGCAGGAGCUCAGACCGAGCGCAAUGGUCUGCUGCAGAGACGCUGCAAAAUGCCGGAUGGACGAGUUGCCGUGUGGAGCACUCUCACUCUCAUAGCGGCGCUGUGCAGCCUCCCACCCCCGUCCCACGCCUACUUCGGGCUGACGGGGAAUGAGCCCCUCUCCAUCCUGCCCAUGAGCUUCCAGCCCGAAGACGGACCAGCCAGGGCCCACUAUAAACUCUGCGACCGGCUCAAACUGGAGAAGAAGCAGCGCAGGAUGUGCAGAAGAGACCCAGGUGUAGCCGAGACUCUCAUGGAGGCCAUCAGCCUCAGUGCACUCGAGUGCCAGUACCAGUUCCGCUUCGAGAGAUGGAACUGCACCUUAGAGGGGCGAUACAGAGCAAAUAUAUUAAAAAGAGGUUUUAAAGAGACAGCGUUUCUCUACGCAAUCUCCUCGGCUGGUUUGACCCAUGCCAUGGCGAAAGCGUGCAGCGCAGGACGGAUGGAACGCUGCACCUGUGACGAGGCUCCUGACCUGGAGAACCGAAAGGCCUGGCAGUGGGGGGGCUGCGGGGACAACCUCAAAUACAGCAACAAGUUCGUCAAGGACUUCUUGGGCAAGCGUUCCAACAAGGACCUGCGCGCCCGCGUCGACAUGCACAACAGCCACGUUGGAAUGAAGGUGAUCAAGGUGGGCGUGGAUACGACGUGUAAGUGCCACGGCGUGUCCGGCUCGUGCACGGUGCAGACGUGUUGGCGUCAGCUGGCGCCGUUCCACAAAAUCGGCAUGGUGCUAAAGCAACGCUACGAGACGGCGCUGAAGGUUGCCAGCGCCACUAACCAGGCGAAAGGCGAGGGCCAGCUGCCCAACGCGCCCCCUCGUGCCCGAGCCGAGCCUUUCUCACGCACCUCUGACCUGCUGCACAUCGAGGACUCGCCCAACUUCUGCCAGGCCAGCGUGUACUCGGCGGGGACGGCGGCACGGAAAUGCCACAAGGACAAGAACUGCGACGCUAUUUGCUGUGGGCGUGGCCAUAACACGCAGAGUCGUGUGCUGACCCGGCCGUGCCAAUGCCAGGUGCGCUGGUGCUGCUACGUGGAGUGUAAGCAGUGCACGCAGAAAGAGGAAGUCUACACAUGCAAGGGGUAAAAAAAACACACACCCCAUCAACAUUGCCAUCAUCACCAACACCAAGGACAACGAGGGUUUCUGAGCCUGACUGGAAAAGUGAUGCACGGACUUCGAACAGGACGCUUUGGGACCAAAAAAAGUUUCUCUUUCUCCGAACAGAGGGAUUUUAACUUUUUUUUGGAGAAAAUAAUUAGCAGGGACUUUUUUUUGUUUUUUCUUCGACGCUCCGGAAACCUUCAGAAAAUGAAUCAGGAGAGAAAAGGUGGUCCACGAUCUCAUACUUCAUGAGACCAUAUACAAGCGUUUGUGUGUGUGUGUGUGCGUGUGUGUGUGCGUGUGUGUGUGUGUGUGUGUGUGUGUGUUUGCAUGCUAGCAUUAUUAAACCAGAAAAAAAAUCAGGACAGGGGUUGAUUGAGAAGCACAUACCUUCUUUACCCACACUACAGUGUGUAUAUGCAGCAUGUAAAUAGGAUCAAUUGUAUUAUAAUUAUUUUAUAUAGAAAUAUCUACAGAUGUAUAUUCACACCACUUAUCAACAUGUAAAGAAAAAAAAAUCUUUUUUUUUUGUUUAUAACCACUAAGCACAGCCGUGUGCUCUUUACUUCAGAGUUUCAUAUAGUUUUAUUUUUAUUUUUGACAAGGCCCUUGCAGAAACAUGGCGCAAAAAUCCCCAGAUCGUAUUUUCUUCUUCGUUUAUCUACGCUAUCGACGUCCACGGAAAUGGAAAGUCUUCCUUAUGCUAGUCACCGGAUCGCACUGUUAACACAGUGAGGCUACACACACCUUCACCUCCGCUGUCCUUUUCCUACAUUUUUCUCUCUGAACGGAACGUGGAACAGUCGCUGCCGCGGUUUAACCCGAGGCUAUAAAGCCGCUUUGAGUGUCCUACUGCCUCACGUGACCUACGUCAUAGUUUUACAUGAAGCUGAAGAAAACACCGCAUUUUGGGGACGUGGUCUCAGGACGGUUUAGCAGAAGGAUUAUGUUUGGUGUAAGACGAUACCGUGGACUUUUAUCAUUUGUCCGAAUAAAAUACAUUUUUUAUUCAUAUUAUUCAGGGAAUUGAGUAAAAAACCACUAAUCACACCAUCCAUCGAGUCCGUAUAGAGACUGCGUCCGGAACGCUAGCAAACAUGGGCGUUCAUUUACCAUAUACUCUAAUGCUAACAAACAAGGGUGUUUUAGCAAGCUAGCAACGAGACUUUCAGAUGCAUCAUUCACCUGAAUGUGAACUGAAUGAAGUACGCGCAAGGCUUUAAAAAUGCUGAUUGUAACAAGGAGACUAGCAUUUAGGAUGAAGCAUUUAGGAAGAAGGCUACCAUUUGGGACGUAGCCCUUGUCGUUAGCAUGGGAAAAAUUCUUUCCAAACAAGAAACAUCUGUAAUUGAGAUGUGAUGAAAUAACUCUAGCCAACUAACCAGCACUAGCGGACGUGCUGUAAUACAAACUGAUCCCAAAUGUUUUGAAGGUUAGCAUUUUGAAAACACACACACACACACACACACACACACACACACACACAAUCAGAAAUGCGUUAUACAGACCUGCCGGUGACGAACUUAACAUGUUCGUAAAUAAAUAUAUCAGAUUUUUACUUGUUUUUUUAUAUUUUCAGUACAAUUGAACUACUGAAUAAAAGCCCCCAGUUUAGCGAGACAGCACAGUUAGCGCACUGAAGCUAUCACAGUAUUUAAGGACUUAAUGUGUAUUUAUAAACAUAUAUCCAGAUAAAUAAAGUUGUAAAUAGUUUUAUGGUUAUGUUCCUGUGGUGUAAAGACGAGAGUGAGGGGCAAUGGGAUGAUGAUUGAGAGCAAGGGGUGAGGGAUGAGUGCAAGGGGUGUUGAGAGGCUGGGGGGGAGAGGCAAGAGCAAGGCACAGGGGGUGAGGGCGAGGGUAGGGGUAAGAGGAAUGGGCAGGGGGCAAGCGUGAGACACAAGAGGUGAGGGGCGACGAACAUGCACAGAGACUCCACUGCUAAAAGUAAGAAAUCGCUAAUAACAACAACGUGGCUAUGCUAGUGUGGCUAAUGUGUGUUAGCCAUAUUAUUUAGCUAAAAAUAAAUUUAUUUUUGUUUAUUUUGCUAGCACGAGUUACCGAGCGCACACUCUUUCUUUCUGUUUUCUUUUCUUUCUAUCGCUUACUAUAUGUUCCUGUAUUAACUAAUAUGCUAGUUCACAGUUGCACGGUUUCAAAUAUUAGCUUAGCAUUUUUCAAUCGUUUGAGAUUCAUUAGCAAACUUGAACUUGGUUAUUGAGUAAAAGUGCUACAAUAGCAUAGCAAUAACUUUGAGUUUGCUUAUGAAUCUUUUUAGAUUAGAUUCCAAACGGGGAAAAAAUGACUCUUUUUGUUUUGACUGUUUUGUGUGUGUGUGUGUGUGUGUGUGUCACAUCAUUUUUGAACCGAAUUCCAGACUGUUUUUGCGAGGAGGACGCAUGCUAAUUAAACCCAACCUCGCACGCUACAUGCAAACCAUAAUGGCAACGCUGAGGACAUCGGUGUGCGUUCCUUUAAACCACAGCUGCACAAAACACACGUUAGCGUUUGCUAAACAUCCUCAUACGCGCACACACACACACACACACACAAACAUUGAAAAAGUAAAAAUGACUAAUGUUGCUAAUGAUCACAGCAGCUAGCACUUUCCCACCAGGAUACAGCAGCAGUCGCGUUUCAGUUUCUCACGCACGCGUGAUUAGCAUGACACUAACCUUGUCUUUCGUAUUUUAUUAUUAUUUUUUUAAUCUGUAAAGAAACUCUAUAUUGUAGGGACAAACUUUUAGACGAAUGAUAAAUUAUUUGUUGGAAAUGUUUAUGAGCGCGUGUACAUUUUGUACAGAUGAAGAUUUUUGUAUCGUGUCUUUUUGUACCUUUUAAUGGAUUUUUUUUUGGUGGGUUUUUUCAGAUUUUUUGGGGGAAGCUGUGUGUGUGUGUGUGUGUGUGUGUGUGUGUGUGUGUGUGUGUGUGUGUGUUUUAAAUCACAGUGUAACUGUUAGAUCAGCAUGAUGCCAUUAAAGAAUGAUAACUGUGCUGUGAACGGUAAUUGGACCCCUUUAGUGCACGUCAUCACUACGGGGGACGUAAAAACAUUCUCCCCAGGGAGGGAGUUCAACAUGUAGCAUUAAUGUUAAGAUCUGUCCAUUAGAUCUUUUUCAAGAUUUGUCUCAUUGAUUUAUACCCUAGAUCUUGUUCCAAAAUGUGUCCCCUAGAUCUGUCUCCCAGCUCCAAGGGGUCCAGUCACUGUGCUCGUUCUCUCAGUUUGUGUUCAGUGAUAAGUGCAAUGCCACAGCUUUGUUUUCCCCGUUUAACAUUUUCCUCUCUGGGGCAGUGGUGUGUUUCACUAUCCACUAUCUGUCGUGUCUUAUUAUGGGAUGCUCAGAUGAUUUCCCUCUACCUCAUGUGUAUAGCCUGUAGGUAUAAACUGAUCGUGCGUGACUGGUAAGAAUGUAUUUAAGUUAUUUAACUUCUUUGUAUAACAAAGGCAAGAAAAUCUAAAAAAUAUUAAAUGGAUUUUUAAAGAA